AUGGCGGUCUUCAGGACAGGAGGGGUGGCCUCGUCGUCCCGCCCGCGUUGGUGGAUGACAGCUUGGUUCCUCCUUGUCCUCUCAUAUUGCACUACCGCCGCUUCUGCUCAUCUACAACUUGAACUUGAAUCACCCCCUCAAAACUUCACCUCCUCACAUUCCUUGUCUGCACGCGCCGGCACCUUCUACCUGCGUAUCCUCCCGCUUGGAGCCUCCAUUACAUGGGGCCAGGCGUCUUCAGAUGGCAACGGAUACCGCAAGGCUCUCCGCGACCAGCUGCGGUUCGAUGGCUGGAACGUCAACAUGGUUGGCAGUCGUGCCGGCGGCACCAUGAACGACAGGGACGUUGAGGGUUGGCCAGGAUAUCGCGUUGACCAGGUCGAUGUCAGGGCACGCACUGUCGUGCCGCUGUACAAGCCCAACGUGGUCCUCAUCAACGCGGGAACCAACGACGCGACGCAGGACUACUACGUGUCGACGACCAAGAACCGUAUGCGAGGCAUGAUUGACUUCAUCUUUGCCACGGUGCCCGACGUGUGCGUCGUGCUGUCCACCCUCAUCCCCAACACUGCGAACCCGGGCAACGUCGCCUUGAUCAACGACCAGUACCGUGCGCUGGCCUCGGAGUACCAAGGCCAGGGUAGACGUCUUGUCCUGGUCGACUUUGGCGACGGCUGCAUGACGACGGGUGAUUUGGCCGACACAACGCAUCCCAAUGACUAUGGCUACAAAAAGAUGGCUGCCAAGUGGCACCAGGCCAUCCAACAGGCCGAGAGCCGAGGCUUUCUCUCGGCUCCCAGCAACGAUGUGGCCUUCACGGACGCCGGGGGGGGCUCAACGACAUGCGACAAGCAGUACGGCAGCGGCAAUGCGGACCCGCGCGGGCGGACCCAAGUGCUCAAGGCACUGUCUCCCCGCAUCAUUGAUGACGGGCAGUACAAGCACAGCUCGCAGUCCAUGGGCAAGAUCCACUCGGGCUGGUACGCGGGGAACGACACGGUGUGGUUUGCCCAGCUCUACAACAAGUACGGCGCCGACCGCGGCGGCGAGCGCGACGACUGGGUCUUUAGCCAGGGCCCCGACGCCAUCUACUACCGCGAGAACCUGGGCGGCGGCGCCUUUGGUGAGAAGACGCUCAUCCCUACCCUCAAGGGUUGUAAGCAAAAAGGCAUCCGCUGGGGGGAUGUGAACAACGAUGGACUAGACGACUUUAUCUGCAUCGGGCCCGAAGGGAACAUGUACGUAUCCAUCAACGACGGCGGUAGCCCUCCCAAGUUCAGAGAGGUUGGCCUCUACAAAUCCGUGCCCAGCGGCCCCUAUUCCCAAACAAACGUCCGCCUCGGAGACAUCGACGGCGACGGGCGGUUGGACUACUGCGUGGUGGCCGGCAACGGAGACAUCUACUGCUGGCGCAACGGCGGCGUGGGCGAGAUGGCUGCUUACUGGCAGGACUUUGGCGAGGGCAAGCCUGUCUUUACCGGCAAGGGUAUGGGGAAUAUCGACGGCGUCCAUUUGGUUGACAUCAACGGAGACUUCCGUGCCGACUGGCUCUGGCUGGACGACACAGGCAAGGUCACAACAUACAUAAACCAGCGUGGCCAGGGCAAGGGACUCAUCCCCUAUUGGGACUCUGUCGGCGUCACGCAUGCCGGGAUGGGCGAGGCAGGAGCUCGCUCCCAGAUUCGGUUCGCGAGGCUCUAUGACACUGGCAGGCAUGAUUACGUUUACAUCAAGUGCAUGACGCUGAAGGACGGGCGCUGUGACUAUGAAGUGCGGGCCUGGAAAAACACUGGGGGUGGAGGCGCGCAUCAAAAGGGCGACGGUGUCCGCUGGUGCGACAUGAACGGGUCGGGCAACGACGACUACGUCUUUAUCGACCACAACAGCAAAAUCACCAUUUUCCAAAACGUCAACAAGCCGCCCAACACCGACUACGCCGGCUGGUACGACAGGGGGGUCGUCCUGGACCUCGGAGGCGUCAACCGCAAGGCCAUCCACCUCGGCGACUGGAACGGCGACGGAUUCUGCGACGUCAUCAUCACCGACAAGGCGACGGGCGCGCUCGAUGUCAUCCAGACGCACUACGACCUGGCGUCCGACUCGUACACCUUCGGUCCGCGGACGCGGGUCGUGUCGUCGGGCUGCACCCAGGGCUGGGGGGUAGGCGAAUUUGAUCUCGGGAUCCGGUUUGCCGACAUUGACGGGGACAAGCGGGCCGACUACAUGUGCCUGGAGCCCAACGGCCGCGUGACGGGGUGGCUCAACAAGCCGGGCGGACUGCAGUGGAUGAACCAGAUCAAGUUCAGCGUCGACAAGGACCGCGCCAACCACCGCUGGGCUGACGUCAACGGCGACGGCAAGCCCGACUUUAUGUGGAUCGACAAGUUCAACGGCGACACGGACGUAUGGUACAACAUGGGCGAGCGCCAGAUCUCGGGUAGCUCCUUCUGGUGGGAUCCCCAGGGCAAGAAGUACCAGGGCUCCUCGUCGGGACCCAACCUGCAUUUCCCCAACCUCGGCGGCCAGGGCCGCGCCGACAUGACAGAGGUCAAUCCCAAGACCGGCCAGGGCUGGACUUGGUUCAACAGCUGCCCUCCCGGUGGCGAUGACGGUCCCGUCGCGGAUCCGGGCCUUCCUGAAC